AUGACACCUUAAGUAGGUAACAGAUAGCUAAAAGUUUUCUAGUAAAGCUAGCUCUCUUUACUAUCAAAGCAGUCCAUGAAUUAAUAAGCCCAGUUCAAUAUCAUUGACUAUAGCACUUAGUGCAAAUCAAGUUAGCCUAUUAUCUCUGAUGAUAAUUGCAAAACAACAAAUAGCAGGAAAAGUAUCAGUAACAUCGCCUAAAGUCUUGCUUCAAAAAGAUAGAAACAUUAGAAUAUUGUUCAAGAUACAAGCUAAAUUACAGAUUCAUUUACCAAUUACUAUGAUGCUAGGUUUAAUUCUGAUCAUAAAAGCAACAACAUUAACACUGAAAAUUUUAUAAGCCAACAGUCAAGGGCUUAAAACUAAACUCAUGUAAAUUUUUAUAUCCCAGAUAGCUAGGGAAUUUUAAUGACGAAUUCAAGCCGGCCUGUUCUUUAAAAUCCUUUGAGCGCCAAGUAAUUCAUGGAAAAUGUAAAAUAAUAGGAGCAUUUUGAUAACUUGAUAGAUCAUCUUAGAAGAGUUAAAACUGGUUAACAAUCGAACUAAAAGUCUGAGCUAACCUCUUAUAAAGGCUCAAUGAAUACCACUUUAAAUAAAAAUAGUUCAAUGAUUAUAAUAAAUGAGAAUCAGGAGCUUAAUGGAACUGGAAGCUAGAAGUCUACAAUUACGAAUGAUUCCUAGAGAGAGUCAUCAAUGAAAAAAUAGGAUUAGAAUGAUUUGAAAAUGAAUAACAGCUUUAUAAGAAAGAAUUUUUAUAUGGUGAGAUAGUAGCCUUCAUAAAGAAUUCCUAAACCUGAAUCCAAUAACAUUAAUGCUUACAUGUCUCCAUUUAGUGAGUCACCAGUCAAAGGGAGUUCAGGGUCAAAUAAUACAAUUUUGAUGAGAAAACAAAUGUAUCAAACUAAUAAUGUGGAAAGUGGAGUAGCUAGUUAGAGAAAUAAUUUAUCAGAAAGAUUGUCUACAGCUUAUUAAAAACUUAGCAAAUUUGAGCCAAAUAAAUCAAUAGCUGAGAGCUCAUUUGCAGGUCCCAGAAAAAACUAAAAAGUGAAAAGGUAAGAACUAGAGGCAAAAGAAGAUUAAAAAUAGCAAAAUCCUUUAAUAAGAUACUAAAAUAUAGUAUCAGAACUAUAAAGAUUAGAAUAAAAAGAAGAGAACUAAGAGAAAUGUUUAGUUCCAAGCUUUCCGAUAAUAGAUACAAGUUAAUCGCAUAAUUAGCCAUUCCUCGAUUUAAUAAGGGAAAUUAAAAAGGAAUUUACGAAUGAAUCCUGCUUAAAAGAUGAACAUUAAAUUUUUGCAGGAGCAUAUAAUUCUGACAAAGCAAAAGGACUUGGCAGGAAAGUUGAUGCUGAUUACAUUUAUAAGGGUAACUUUUCUGAGGGAGUUAAAAAGGGACCUGGAAUAUAACUUUUUUUGAGUCAAAGCAAGAAGUAUGAUGUAUAUAGAGGUGAAUGGAAUGAUGAUAAACCAAAUGGAAGAGGUAUAUACUUUUAUUACAAGUCAGGAGUUAUCAUAGAAGGUAAUUUCAAAGAUGGUGCCCCUGAUACUAAUGGAAAUUUUAAAAUAAGAUAUUCAAAUGGUGAUGUUUAUGAAGGAAAUAUUCAAAAUAGACAUAAAAAUGGAAAAGGUAAACUCCACUAUAUUAAUGGAGAUCUUUACGAGGGAGAAUGGCACAAUGACAAAUGA